CACAGCAGUGACACCGGCGCGGUGGCUGCGAGGGUCUGCAAACAGGAAAAUGCGUCUUUUAACCUCCCCCUGCAACAACAGAUGGAGUGGUCGUGGGGGAAGGGGGAUAGGAAAAUUGGAUGGCUGGGUGAGAACUGGUAGUCCAGAAGAAGAGAUCGUGACUGAGGAUUGUAACAUAUCUAAAGAAAUGCAGGAACUGCAGAAGCAAUGGCACUCUGUGGUGCAGAUCAUCCACAGCAACGCAAAUGUUGUUGCAUUUAUGAAUUCUCGUGUUGGCCAAUAUUUAGAUGACCAUCCUUUUGUUGCCUUGUCACUCCUGAUGUUUAUUGCAGUGUCUGCUAUUCCUGUUGCAUUUUUCCUGAUUUUCGUUGUUACAACAGCUGUGAUGGCCUGUAUUGGUGUGAUAGUCAUGGAAGGUGUUGUGAUAGCCAUAGGUGGCAUAGCCCUCCUGUGUGUGCUGUGUGGCCUGGGGGCAGUUUCCCUGGGAGUUUCUGGAGUCCUGAGUAUUUCUUACAUUGCACUUUCAACUCUGGUCAACUACUGGUGUUCCUCAAGGGGUCAGCUAAGGAAGCAAGAUGUUAAUGGAAGUUUGCCACAGAAGAAGCCUGGCUUGGAUGUUUCUGCCAAUAACGGGAAGAGUGAGUAAGUGGGUUUGUCCCCACUUCCUCCAUAGGCACUUAACUGUCCAGCUCUGAGCUUCAUUAUGUAACUGUUUACUCAUUGAGCAUUCAGACUUUGUGUGCUCCUUCUGGGAACUGAAAAGAAUCAAUGUACAUCUUACAUAGUCAAUGUAAAAUGGAUAUUAAGAGUAACCAUUAAGCAGCAGUGUAUUGCAAUAGUAAGUGUAUGAAUGCUCCACAGAGCUUGGGGAAGGGAGGUGAUGGUGACUGGUGCUGUUAAGUCAGUGGUAAUUAGGUGAAAGAAAGAGGGGGGAUUUGAUUUCUCAUUAGUUACUGGAGUUCUGGACAUAUUCUCUUGAAAUUUUUGUGCAGCAGUUGGUCAUUUUGAAACAGAAGUACCAAAGCUCAGAACACACUCAGAAUGCAUUUUGAAUGUGGAAAAAAUACUUGUAAGCCUUAACAGCCUUUGUUAAAAUAGUAUGAGCACACCAUGCUAAUGCUUUAUAUUUAUUAUACAGGGAAAAUAAGGUUUUGUCAUAUAUCAAGUCAUGCUCUAAGCUUUUAUAUACCUGUCGAUGUUGCAUUAUUCCAAAGGGAUAUUUUUCUUAUUCUCAUUGCCUCAUUAUACCUACGGCAUGCUUAAAUGGUGCAUUUUUUCCUCUUUGUUUAGGUAUUUAAAUUGCCUGGUCUGCUUCUUGGUUGUAACUUCUUGUAUGUUAUUUAAACUUUUUUUGUUUUGUUUUUGCAAAAGCUAUUAUAUUUUUAAGCAUUAAGAAACUAUCUAACUAUAUUAGUUUAAUAAAGUGCUGUUUGUUUAACCA